CCACGUGGGAGGUUGGGUUACGAGCUGGGAGCUGGGCUCGUGUCAGCUCGCGCGACCGCACGCACCUGAGGGACACGGCACUCGCUCCAGACCGCAACCUACUGCCAUCACAGCCCACCCACCAGCCACCAGCUAGCAGGUGCCCAGCCAUGAAGCUGCACGCCGCCGUCUGCGAGAAGGCCGCGCCGCCCGCCGACUCCACCGCCGUUUCCGCGUCGCCGGAGGAGCGCCUGAUAGAAGACGGCAAACAGAUCAGAAAUGGUUCCAUUACGAACUCAGUCUGUGAUAAUGGCUGCAGUGCAGGAUGUGAGAAAGAUGAGUGUGAUAGACUGGAUCAUUCUAGUUAUUCACUGCUCAACUUUAAUGAUGCCCCUUCAUACCUUAAGUUUAACCCUUAUAUCCGGACUGGUUAUCGUGGAUAUCUUACAACGAAGAUGUGCCUGGAGAGUGUGUUUUGGUGGACAAAUGAGACAAUAAACAUUUGGAGUCACAUAUUUGGAUGGAUGUUAUUCUUAGGACUGACACUGUAUGAUUUAGUUCUCCUUAACAUCCAUGCAUCAUUCGCAGACAAAUUCAUUGUAGGAGUUCUUCUUGGAUGCUUCCAGAUAUGUAUGAUACUGUCAUCACUUUAUCAUACCUUUUCUUGCCGGUCAGAAAAAGAUUACCUUUGCUUCCUUUCAUUUGAUCUUUUUGGCAUAGCUCUCAGUCUUCUGGCAAUUUACAUGUCUGGGGUCUACUACGCAUUUUGGUGUCAUAAGAACCUGCAGUUAUUCUAUUUGCUCACAGUUAGCCUGAUAUUCCUGUUUGCUAUGGUCAUUCAAAUUCCCAGGUUGAGGGUUGAUGCAAAUAUGAAGCUCAUUGUUUUUGUUUGUUGGGCUGCUUAUGGAGUUGUACCAACAUUUCAUUGGACUGUGAUAAUGGGUGGUUAUGCUAAUCCAGUUGUUCAGUUGCUGCUGCCCCGUGUUCUUGGCAUGUAUGCGAUAAGUGGACUGGCAUUCUUCAUUUACAUGUCAAAAAUACCAGAACGAUUUUUCUCAGGAAAAGUUGAUUAUAUUGGAUCAUCUCAUCAGUGGUGGCAUCUUUUUGUGGUGCUUGCACUAUAUUACUGGCACAACACUGGCAUCAAAUACGUAGAGUUUCGCAUGAAUCAUGGUUGUGCAAAUGACAUGAGGCUGUGAGUUAGAUAGCUAAAAAUUUUGCAAGUAUCAGUUCUGCUGUUUGCCAGCAACAUACCGAACGUACAAAUAGAAGAACCAUUGAAAAUGGUGGUACUGUAGGCAUGAGAGCAAAUGGACCCCAUCUUAUAUGACCAGUGGAAUGUCUACGUACUUGCUAUUGAUGAGCUGUGACCUAAGACAUUACUGUCUGUAUUGUUUUAAGCACUCUGCUCUUUAAUAAUGUUACAUCUGUUAUUCAAACUUGUGGUUACACCAUAACCAGCUUGAAGCAGAUAUUUGUUUAUUAUUACAUGUAUUUAUUUUUGAUCAUUGGUGCUCAAAUAUGAGGAAAAAAUCAUUGGUAGGAGUCAAAAAGUAUUUUUGGCUUGAGGAAUGAUGUGUGAAUCUUUCCUAAGGAAAGUGUUGUAAAAUCAUGAUGAAUUGCUUAGAUUGUGAUGAUGUACUAUGUUGUUAAUGAAAGACUUAUGUGCUUGUUACACAGAUGUUAAAUGAUGAGAAAAGAUGUGAAAGAAUAGUAAAUCAUGAAAGGACAGAUUGUUACAUAUAUCACAGGAGAAUAAACAGUCAAUGAUAGCAUUACACUAAACUCAAUUUGGAGCUUUUAAACCAGCUACUCAGACAUAAGUUAAGCAGGUGCUUGAGUAGUCCACAGAUGAGUGGGUAAUAUAUUAUGUUCCACUGACCCAUCCAUUGGCUGUUGGGAAUUUAUUCCUGGACCUGGAUCUGUUGCUAUAACUACCAGAACCACUUAUUCUGUUCUCACUACUAAAAAAUAUAUACGUUGUUAAGGAGAUGAUUGACAAAGAAUAUGCACACUAUGGCAUGGAACCCCAAGACUCACAAGCUCUAUACACUACAAAUUUCCAGCAUCCUGUUACUGAACAUGAAUUCAGCAUGUAGCUCAUUAUCCUCAAAUCUGUUUUGCUACGUGGCUCACCUGAAGCCAAUGUCCUAGCAUAUGGGGUUAGCAACUGAUGAGAUCCAGUCUUCCAUACCAGUAUUUGCUCAUGCUUUUCACCUGGUAUUGACUGAAACCAGUUUCUCCCUAGUCUCUUUUGUUCCAUUUUGCAUGUCAUCAGUACCUCCCUGUCUUCUUAUAUCACUGUUUUUAAUUUGUUGUACAUUGGGACUGGUGAUCUAGUAUACAAGUGUGUGACUGGAAACUGAAAGUCUGGGAUCAAAUCCUGGUCCCACCACAGAUUUUUCAGCCUGCCUUUUAGCCUAGUACGCACCUCUCAGUGAUGUGGAGCUUCAUCAGAAAUGAUAUGUGGGUCAGAUUCCACAUUAAACUGCAGUAUUAUUUCCCUGGUUGCAUAACUGAGGUAGGAUAGGAACAAGCAAGUCACCAUAGUGAUGUGAAAUUGAAAGACUUGCAGUAGUUCACUAAGGCACACAAAAUUUGUUGUCCUUUCUUCUUUAUCUCCUAUAACACGACCCUCUCUUAUUU